AGCUCAAAAUGAGAAGUCCAUUUUGAUUCUUUCUACUUUUUUUUAUUUUCAGAGACAUGAAACGGUGUCCAGCCAGCAGAUAGUCUCCAGCCAGCAGAGAUGCAGCGUAUAGUGACUCAACUGGUUGCAGGAAAACUGCAAACCUACAUGGCCAUCGUGGUGAUCUUUACCUACGGUAUUCUGCUCAGGAGGGACUUUGAAUGCACCUGCAAACCUCAACACUAUGACUGCAUCAUUUACGCUGUUCUACCUGCUCUCAUAGUGAUCGUCCUGAUGCUGUGGUCCAAUAGGCUGUUUCAGAAGUUCUGCAGCUACUGCUGUAUGUUUAAAGGAUUUCUCUUCUGUCAGAUCUUAAAGUCGGCUUUAGUUGGUCUCUUCUGGUUUGCAUUUCUUUUUAUUGAUGGAAACUGGUUUGCUUGUUGCUUUAAUAAUCUCUCUGAGCAACAAGUACAUUUACCCUGCAAAGACCCAGGGAGGAGAACCGAUGAAGAGAGAGAAAUCAUUGCUGAGAUGAAAAGCACGUCGAAGGUUAUUGGCUGCUGGCUGCUCUUUAUCAUUAUUUUCUCAGGAGCCAUGAUGUCAUGGAUUAGAUGGAAAUGUGACGGCAGGUGUAACUGCAGCAUACAAACUGUUCAGUAUGAAGAAACUCUUUAUUACAAACUGGUUCUGGAAGAGGAGGAAAGGGUGCUGAAGGAGAAUCUGAGGGAGUCAAUAAAUAUGAAGCUGACUGCAGAGAUCAAGAAGAAAUAUGAGAAUAACUGGAAAGAAUGUUUUAAUGUUGCAAAUGAACUCCUUAAAAAUGAAUUAAGCCAAACAGACUCAAACUUACAGGGACGCAGUGCAGAUGAUCUCUGCUGAAAGAGGACUCAUUUCUGCUGCACCCAUUCCCUCAACUAAUUUGUUCAUCAAGUCACUGCAUAAAAAGACCAGUAGGACCCCCAGACAUAACCAGAUUGUCCAUCUAGCUUUGUAAUAAUCUAGCUCUCAUUGUACUUAUGUGCCAAGUCAAAACAAAUUAUUUAUACUCUGUUUUCUUCUGCUUUAGUGUCUUUCCAGUUUUCUGACAUAAUGUCCAGACGUUACCCCAUCAGUGGGAUCAUCAAUAACGACCAACUUACCAACUCUUAAACUUCUGCCAAAGCCAUCCUGAGAUUCAUGAUCCACUCUCUGCUCUUGCAAAUAGGAAAACUUCCAUCAGAUAAUUUCCCCAGACCUCUACCUGAGCAUGCGGGCCAGUCCGUGUUGCGCAGCAAUAUGUUUUGGUUUGGCUUUAAAAACUCUUGCCCAUAGAUUGCUGGAGAUAGGCACCAGCUUCCCCGCGACCCACUAUGGAAUAAGCGGUAGAAAAUGACUGACUGACUGACUAAUUUUAAUAAAAAUGACCAAGUCGGGCAUCACCUUAUUAUCAUGAAAUACUAGCCAGUCAGUUGUUGUUUUAUUGUUAAAUGGAAGUUGGAGUUGCACAGUUCUCCUUGUUUGUUCUUUGACUUUCAUUGCUGUUUUUAUUUCUGAUAUUGUUAACCUUGUAUGUUAUUGCUUAUGGCUUUGUAUAAAAUUGCUGUUUUUAUUUUCAUUUUAGCUGUUAUUCUCCUGUACAGCACUUUGGUUUGUAAAGCGCCUUAUAAAUGAAUAAAUAACGAUGAUGCCAAUGGGUAA